ACGCUUUGGCUGUUGGGGAAUUGUUCGCAACGGUUGCCUUAGUCGGAGGUGCCCGUCCUGCCGGCGAUCUAGCUGGCCAUGGCCGAGUUUCUGCCGCCGCCCGAGUGCCCCGUUUUCGAGCCCAGCUGGGAAGAGUUCGCGGACCCCUUCGGCUUUAUCCACAAGAUCCGGCCCAUUGCCGAGCGGACCGGGAUCUGCAAGGUGCGGCCACCGCCGGACUGGCAGCCUCCAUUUGCAUGUGAUGUUGAUAAACUUCAUUUUACUCCACGAAUCCAAAGGCUGAAUGAAUUGGAGGCUCAGACUAGGGUGAAACUGAAUUUUCUGGACCAGAUUGCAAAGUUCUGGGAACUCCAAGGAUGCACAUUGAAAAUUCCACAUGUAGAACGAAAAAUUCUAGAUUUGUUUCAGCUUAAUAGGCUAGUUGCAGAGGAAGGUGGAUUUGACUUGGUUUGCAAGGACAGAAAAUGGACUAAAAUAGCUACCAAGAUGGGAUUUGCUCCUGGCAAAGCUGUGGGUUCACAUAUACGUGCUCACUAUGAACGCAUUCUUUACCCUUACAACUUAUUCCAGUCUGGAGCUAGCCUUCUGGCACCUGACAUUUGUUCCAAACUGAUGUGUUUAGUGGAUGAUGCAGUUCUGGAAAAGUGUUUUCAGAAGCCAGAUAUUACCAGUGGUACAAAGGACAAAGAGUAUAAACCCCAUGAUAUUCCUCAGAGACAAUCUGUUCAACCAUCUGAAACUUGCCCUCCUGCACGUCGUGCAAAACGCAUGAGAGCAGAGGCUACUAAUAUUAAAACUGAGGUUGAAGAAGCGACAGAGACCAAAACUCAUAAUUUGAGGCGCAGAAUGGGAAGCACUCCGGUAAAGCCUGACAAUGAUAAAGAAUCUCAUGGCAUAGUGAAACAAGAAGGUGUUGAGAAAAAACAGUGGAUUUGGGAAGCAGAUAGAGAAAAGUCAAAGGGACGUUGUAAGAAAAAUUUUAAUGCUGUGGAUUUGUAUGUAUGCCUCUUAUGUGGCAGUGGAAAUGAUGAAGAUCGUCUGCUUCUAUGUGAUGGCUGUGAUGACAGUUACCAUACCUUUUGCUUGAUACCACCUCUUCAUGAUGUUCCCAAGGGGGAUUGGAGAUGUCCCCAAUGUCUAGCUCAGGAAUGCAAUAAACCACAGGAAGCAUUUGGCUUUGAACAGGCAGCACGGGACUACACACUUCGUACGUUUGGAGAAAUGGCAGAUGCCUUCAAGUCAGAUUAUUUUAAUAUGCCAGUGCAUAUGGUCCCCACAGAAUUAGUGGAGAAAGAGUUUUGGCGCCUUGUAAGUACAAUUGAAGAGGAUGUCACAGUCGAAUAUGGUGCUGAUAUUGCCUCAAAGGAGUUUGGCAGUGGUUUUCCUGUAAGAGGUGGGAAAAUUAAACUCCGACCAGAAGAAGAGGAGUAUCUUGAUAGCGGAUGGAAUUUGAAUAAUAUGCCUGUGAUGGAACAGUCUGUACUUGCUCACAUCACUGCAGAUAUAUGUGGAAUGAAGUUGCCUUGGCUGUAUGUAGGGAUGUGCUUUUCCUCAUUUUGCUGGCAUAUUGAGGAUCACUGGAGUUACUCCAUUAACUAUUUGCACUGGGGGGAGCCUAAAACAUGGUAUGGAGCCCCAGGAUAUGCAGCUGAACAACUGGAAGAUGUCAUGAAGAAGCUGGCUCCUGAACUAUUUGAAUCUCAACCAGAUCUUUUGCAUCAGCUGGUUACAAUUAUGAAUCCCAACACACUAAUGUCUCAUGGUGUGCCUAUUUACCGAACCAAUCAGUGUGCUGGUGAAUUUGUGAUUACCUUUCCAAGAGCCUAUCAUAGUGGCUUUAAUCAAGGUUUUAACUUUGCUGAAGCUGUUAAUUUCUGCACUGUUGACUGGCUGCCUUUGGGUCGUCAGUGUGUGGAGCAUUAUCGCUUAUUAAACCGCUAUUGUGUGUUUUCUCAUGAUGAGAUGAUAUGUCGAAUGGCAGCCAAAGCAGAAACUCUUGAUGUGGUGGUAGCUUCUACAGUUGAAAAAGAUAUGGCUAUUAUGAUUGAAGAUGAAAAGACUUUACGGGAGGCUGUGCAUAAGCUGGGUGUUACUGAUUCAGAAAGAAUGAAUUUAGAAAUGUUGCCUGAUGAUGAACGACAGUGCAUAAAGUGUAAAACCACUUGCUAUAUGUCUGCAGUCUACUGUAGUUGUAACCCUGACUUAUUGGUAUGCUUAUAUCAUGUAGAAGACCUCUGUACAUGUCCCAUAUAUCAGUAUAAAAUGGGGUAUCGAUAUACAGUGGAUGAACUGUAUCCAAUGAUGAAUGCACUUAAGUUGCGUGCAGAAUCUUACAAUGAAUGGGCUUCUAAUGUCAAUGAAGCUUUAGAGGCAAAGGUUAAUAAUAAAAAAAGUCUCAUGAAUUUCAAAGCUUUAAUUGAAGAAUCAGAAACAAGAAAGUUUCCAGACAAUGAUUUAUUACGACAUCUCCGAUUAGUUACUCAAGAUGCAGAGAAAUGUGCCUCAGUUGCACAGCAACUUCUUAAUGGCAAGAGGCAAACAAGAUACCGGUCUGGAGGAGGAAAAUCUCAAAAUCAGCUGACUGUAAAUGAACUCCGCUUAUUUGUUAGACAACUGUAUGCUUUACCCUGUGUCCUUAGCCAAACAACGCUACUGAAGGAUCUUCUUAAUCGUGUAGAAGACUUUCAGAAAUACAGUGAAAAACUCCUCUCUGAAGAAAUUCCCAGUGCUUCAGAACUACAAGAACUGUUAGAUGUCAGUUUUGACUUUGACGUUGACCUUCCCCAGCUUGGUGAAUUAAGAAUACGCUUAGAACAAGCACGCUGGUUGGAAGAUGUGCAAAAUGUUUGCUUGGACCAUACUUCGCUCACUCUUGAUGAUAUGAGAAGGCUGAUAGACUCUGGUGUUGGACUAGCACCUCACCCUGCAGUCGAGAAGGCAAUGGCUAGGCUGCAAGAACUCUUAACAGUGUCUGAACACUGGGAUGACAAGGCUAGAAUCCUGAUAAAAGCCAGACCACGACAGUCAUUAAGUAGCCUUGAAGCAGCAGUGAAGGAAAUAGAUGAUAUCCCUGCUUAUCUUCCAAAUGGCGUAGCUCUGAAAGAUGCUGUAAAGAAAGCCAAAGACUGGCUACAAGAAGUGGAGAGCCUCCAGGCUGGUGGACGUGUGCCUGUGUUAGAUUCACUUGUAGAACUUGUUACAAGAAGUCGCUCUAUUCCGGUUCAUCUGGAAUAUCUGCCAAGGCUAGAGUCUUUAGUGGCUGAAGUUCAAGUUUGGAAAGAGUGUGCAAGCAAUACUUUCUUGACUGAGGGCUCUUCUUAUUCUCUUCUGGAGGUGUUAUGUCCAAGAUGUGAUAUUGGAACAUCAGGAUUUAAAAGAAAAACAAAGAAAACAAAAGAGUCAGUUCCAAAUGGGAAAAAAAAGAGCAGCAAACUUGAGAGCUUAUGUGAUUUAGAAAGAGCAUUAUCUGAGAGUAAGGAAACUGCGGCUGCGAUGGCCACACUCGGUGAAGCUCGUUUAAAAGAAAUGGAAGCACUGCAUUCCCUGAGAGCAGUAAAUGAAGAAAAAAUCUUUUCUGAUGAACAGAAUGUAGAGAUCAAAGUUUGCCUCUGUCAAAGAGAGCCAGCGGCACCAAUGAUACAGUGUGAGCUGUGCAGAGGAGUGUUCCAUGCUAGCUGUGUUUCAGUGCCCAGCAAUUUGCAGGGACCUUGGGUAUGGCUUUGUCCUCACUGCCAUAGAUCUGAAAAGCCCCCUUUAGAAAAGAUUCUACCUUUACUGGCCUCCUUACAGCGAAUUCGGGUGAGACUGCCUGAGGGAGAUGCCUUACGGUAUAUGAUAGAGAGAACCGUGAACUGGCAACAUAGAGCACAACAAAUGUUAUCCUCAGGGAAUAUAAAACUUUUACAAGACAAAGUGGACUCAGGGAUAUUGUAUAGCAGAUGGCAAAGCAUGGCAGGCCAAUUGCAGGAGACUAAUAAGGUUUCACAGACAAUUGGUGCCACAUCUUUCUCAUUGCCUCAUGAGUGGAAUAACAGAUCCAUGCAUUUACACUCCCCUUUUUCUACAGGACAAAACUGCAUCCCCCUUCAUACCAUAAGUACAGAAUUGAAUGAGCUAAUGAUGGAAGCCCAGUUACUACAAGUAUCACUACCAGAAAUACAAGAGCUAUACGAGAUCCUGUUUACAAAGCAAAAGUCAUUAGUAGGACCAACAAGUGAAAAAAAUGAUUGUCGAGGGAAGAGAGAUGGAAUCUGUUCUGUGGAAAAGAAACUGAAGAGACGCUUUGAAAGAGAGGAUUUCUGCAAUGAGAUGAGAACAAGAGUAAGAAAAAUAGCUCCAAACAAGAAAAAAAUGAAAUUGAUUCAUUUAAGGGAGCUGAGUAAUAGCAAGUUAGAAAGAGAGAGGCUGUUUGACAUUCAGCAUACCGAUGAAAGUCAGUUGCAUUUUUCAGAAAUGUCAUUCUCUGAACAGGAAGACUCUGAAGAUGAGAAUGCCAUUUGUCCAGCUGUCAACUGUCUACAGCCUGAAGGUGAUGAGGUGGAUUGGGUCCAGUGUGAUGGCUGCUGCAACCAGUGGUUUCAUCAAGUGUGUGUGGGAGUUUCUCCAGAGAUGGCAGAAAAAGAAGAUUAUAUUUGUGCAAGCUGUACCAGAAAGGAUUCUCCAUAUCGAAAGUAAAUCACCUGAUGAGCAUUCAGGACUGUACAAAAGAAGAUGAGAUUUUUCUCCAUAAAGCCACUGGGCUGGUUUUAGAGCCACAUUGCAAAUGGUGCUACUUCUGUCCUCAUGGGAUCAUUUUUCAGACUUAAAACAAUUUGACACUUUUGUAUUUUUAUUCUUUAAGCUGUUUGUGGUUAUUAAGGUUUGAAAUGCUGACUCUUUUGGUCCGGGGGUUUUCGCCAGUUUGGAAGGCAUCAAGACAUGCACCUUUUCAUGUAUAGCAUUAAAUUACCUCUUUGGAAUCUACCAGCACACUUAAAUCAACUCUGUCUAGGUGCAAAGCAGUGCACUAAAUAUCCCCAUAAUAACUCUUUUUGAAGAAAUCCCUGUUUACUCUUGAACAUUUUUAAAAAUGUUAGAUUUCCCCCAUUUUGAUUUUGUAGAAUAGAUUUAUUUAUCUGAGCAAUAACUUCUGUGACUGGAAUUAUAAUUCUGAACAGCGUGUUGGUGCUUUUAGCAUUGGUUAAUGUACAGAAAGCAAAUGUUUAGGUUCUAGUAUCACUGAUGAGACUAGUGAUGUAGGAGACAGGAAAGCUCUGUAAAGUAAUGGCCACAGCUGUAUUUUGGCUUUUUCUUUUUUGGUAGCUUGUAUCAAAUGUUGCAGUUUAUAUUGUGGAAUAAACAAAUGGUUAUGUUACAAAAUUGAA